AUGGCCCUCCAGAUGAGACGGUAUCUGCCAUUAACCGUUCAGAGAAGCGGAGAAGGCGUCCUUUCUCCUCGGGGGCUGAGGCUUCUCUGUCUUUUUCAAGCCGAGGGGAGCCUGUUGGAAUUCGGGAGGAUGAUCAAGGAAGAGACGGGGAAAACCGCCUUCCCCUUCUACACCUUCUACGGAUGCUACUGUGGCCUGGGGGGCCAAGGCCGGCCACGGGACGCCACUGACCGCUGCUGCUUGAUGCACGACUGCUGUUACGAGAAUCUGACCGACUGCCACACCAAAACAGACCCCUACCAUUACAGCCGGAAGAGCGGGGUCAUCCUCUGCGGAGGGGGCACCUGGUGCAAGGAGCAGAUUUGUGAGUGCGACAAGGCCGCGGCAAUCUGCCUCCGUGACAGUCUGGACACCUACAACAAAGACUACCAGUUUUACAGGGACUCCAAUUGCAAGGAGGGUCCAAAGAAAUGCAAAGUCUCCGCAAGCCAGGACAACCCCCCCACUCAAAUUACACAAUCGUAGUUGUGUUACCCUGUUUUUCUGAGUGCAA